GUCAAUAUUCCAUCGGUCGAUAUAUACGAGGAAACUUUAUCGGCAUCUACUUGAUUAGGAAGCAAAUAUCUACGGACGAAUUGUCUCGAAAUGAAACCAUGUUCGUCCCUCCUCUCUUCGUGUUUACCCUCGACAACGAGAAUUUCCAUAAAAUGAAACCAUCGAUAGUAUUGUCUCGAAAUUUCGAUGAAAGACUCGAAUGCACCCAUCUUUACACGUCACCUCACCUGGUACAGAUAUAAAAGCACGUCACGGAGAUCUGUCGACUCAGUAAACGUGCAACUAACAACGAGUGAACACUCUAAUAGAAGAAAAAUAUCAUUGAGACAGUGAUUACAUCAGAUUUCAAUUAAACGUGAAACAUAAUAGAAAAGUUUUGAAAAAAAUAAUAAAGGUGCAUUAAUGAGAUCGAAAAUGUCGCUAAUCCCAAAAUUAUUUUCUCAUUGGUGGGAAACAUUGGAGCAACCACAUAGAUUGUAUGAUCAACGUUUUGGCAUGGGAAUUCAUCCGGAACAAUUUUUUGGAUCAUCCAUGUUAGAAAAAUUGGAAGGUAGAAGAUUUUCACCAUUCUCAGCGUCCUCGGCAUUUUAUAAAUAUUAUCGACCAUGGGCCGAUCUUAUUCGCGACGAGGAUAACAGUGGUUGGUCUGUUGUUAAAAAUGAUAAGGAUAAGUUUCACGUAGCUUUGGACGUUCAACAAUUCAAGCCUGAGGAAGUUAACGUCAAGAUCGUUAAUAAUUACAUCGUUAUCGAAGGCAAACACGAAGAACAACAGGACGAUCAUGGUGUCAUAUCCAGACACUUUGUCAGAAAAUAUUUGGUACCUGACCAAUGUGAUCCUGAGAAAGCAACAAGUUCUUUAUCUUCCGACGGUAUUUUGACAAUAACAGCACCUAGGAAACCAGAGGCUAUUGAAGAAAAGAAAGAACGAGUUGUUAAGAUCGAACAUACGGGGAAACCAGCGUUAGAAAACGAUGAUAAGAAGAAGACUACUUCGCAACAAUAAAAAAAAAAAAAAAAAAAAAAAAAAAAAAAAAAAAAAAAAAAAAAAAAAAAAAAAUCCUAUUCAUUCUACGUUCUUCUUCGUUCAUCUUUUCAUUGUACUCUGUUAUUAUUUUUUAUUAUCUCUUACAAUGAUCCAUUUGUUAUAAUAUAUUGUAAUAUAUAUUAAUAGAAUAUUUUUAAUUUGUUAUCCAUUCAA